AUGAAAUCCUCCGCAGCGAUCGUCUUCCUCGGCCUCAUCCUCGCCGCUCUUUGUUGUUCCGUCCAGGCCCAUGGCAACGGUCGCGGCGGACGCGGCAACGGGCGGUUCCGCUGGCCCAUUCUCAUUGCAUCCGGCGAGUCUUCCUUGAAAUCGUGCCCUCGCGUCUAUGGCGUCAGGGGAUCUGCCGCGCUCAAGAACUAUCAGUCACAGAACGGCUCCCUGACUCUCACCUAUCAGCUGCUCGUUACAGGAACCACUUCAGCCCCCACCUCACAGUCUGUCGUAACCGGUAACCCCUGCGACACGCUGGUAACUCCAACCACUGUUACGGAUCUGCCCGGCACCUGGACUUCCACCUGGGUUCGCUGGGGCACAGCCUACACUCUGUACGGUACCAUGGAUGGCGCUGCGCUUAUGGCCGGUCUACAGAACACGAACGGCCGUCGCCGCGCGCCCAAGAUGUUUGUUGUGUUCCGCGGCAACGGGACGAUCUCUGGGAAGCUGGACUUCUGGUAG